CAGCGUUUAAAGCGGGGCGAUAUCACCCACACGCUAAGAAUUUACACUCUCACAGAGGAGAGACAGAGAGAAGAAGAAGAAAGAAACUCUCUCUCUACAACUUCUUUCUUCUGAGCACUGCCCAGACGCCAUAGCCAGACUUUCUCUCUCUACAAUUUUCUCUCUCUUCGGAGCCAUCGUUUUCGUUGUCCAUCGAAUCGAAACAAACACACAACUGCUUAAUCUCAUCGCCGUCGCAAAAAAUCCCGUUUUUCACUCCGAUUCCGUGUUGAUUUCGCUUUUCUCAGCCGUUUUCUCGGCCGAAUUUCGGUUUUCUCGGAUUCUGGAACCGUGAAUCGCUCGUCCGUGUUCGUCAGAUUAUCAGCCGUGGUAGUGGAUUUGAGACGGCCAUGGCGAUUGCAGCGGCCGUCAUCGUGCCAUUGGGAUUGCUCUUCUUCCUCUCCGGCCUCAUCGUCAAUCUCAUUCAGGCAAUUUGCUUCGUCCUUAUACGGCCUCUGUCCAAGAGUACAUACAGGAGGAUCAACAGAGUGGUAGCAGAAUUGUUGUGGCUAGAGCUUGUAUGGGUUGUUGAUUGGUGGGCAGGUGUUAAGAUCCAAUUAUACACUGACAGUGAUACUUUUCAUUUAAUGGGUAAAGAGCACGCCCUUGUAAUAUCCAAUCACAGAAGUGAUAUUGAUUGGUUAGUUGGAUGGAUAGUGGCUCAGCGGUCUGGUUGCCUUGGCAGCACGCUAGCAGUGAUGAAGAAAUCAUCAAAGUUCCUUCCAGUAAUAGGUUGGUCAAUGUGGUUCUCUGAAUACCUAUUUCUGGAAAGAAGCUGGGCUAAGGAUGAAAGCACUUUAAAGUCAGGUAUUCAGCGGCUGAAAGACUACCCUUUGCCUUUCUGGUUGGCUCUUUUUGUCGAAGGAACACGCUUCACACAGGCAAAGCUUUUAGCAGCUCAGGAAUAUGCAGCCUCAACAGGGCUGCCCGUUCCUAGAAAUGUUCUGAUUCCUCGUACUAAGGGCUUUGUUUCAGCUGUAAGUCACAUGCGCUCAUUUGUUCCGGCUGUUUAUGAUGUGACAGUUGCGAUUCCCAAAACAUCUCCUCCACCUACAAUGCUAAGAAUCUUCAAGGGGCAACCAUCAGUGGUGCACGUACACCUCAAACGGCAUUUGAUGAAGGAUUUGCCUGAAGGUGAUGAUGCUGUUGCACAAUGGUGCAGAGACACAUUCACGGCCAAGGAUGCUUUAUUGGAUAAGCAUAUAGCUGAGGACACCUUUGGCGAUCAAGAAUUGCAAGACACAGGGCGACCAAUAAAGUCUCUCUUGGUUGUUACAUCUUGGGCUUGUCUACUUGUUUUUGGGGCUCUGAAGUUCCUCCAAUGGUCUUCACUCUUAUCAUCACGAAAGGGCCUUGCAUUCACGGCCUUCGGUUUGGCCAUCGUUACUGCCCUCAUGCAGUUAUUGAUUCGCUUCUCCCAGGCAGAGCGUUCGACCCCCGCCAAGGUGGCCCCAGCAAAUCCCAAGAAUGGCGGAGAGACUUCGGAGGCCGCAAGAGAAGACAAACAGCAUUAAAGUUACCGUUGCAUUUUCCACAUGCAUUUUGUAACUGAGCUACAACAUCCGAGGUCAUACUGUUAUGUAACUUGUAGACAUGAUAUAGCCUUACGCUUUAGUGUGACCACAUUCUUAAA